GUCGAGGCCCCGUGGCCUUGUGGGAAAUGUAGUCCAGCGCGCCCGGCGCGGCUGUGUGUGUCGAAAGCCUGUGGUUUCUUCCGUGACUGGGGUGUUUUAUUUUUCGUUGCGGCAGGAGUCUCUCUCAUGGCUUCCUUUCCCUCCCUCAGCCCUUCCUCUAGAGACUGCACAUUCUCUAGGAAGGCCCCACAGGAAGGAGGAAGGCAAUGGGUGCUGGGCCUCUGCCAUUGGGAGCUCAGGAGUCAGUGACAUUCAAGGAUGUAUCUGUGGACUGUACUUGGGAGGAGUAGAUGCAGCUAGAUUCUGUGCAGAGGAAGCUGUAUGGCAGAGUGAUGCUGGAGAGCUACAGGAACCUGGUCUGCCUGGGACAUCAACUUUUCAAAUCAAAUGUGAUCUCUGAUCUGGAACAAGGACUGAGCCUGAGGAAAAGAGAACUCCCAGCUUGCAUCUCUCUGGGCCUGGCGUGUUGUCUUUUGGCAUCCUGUGUUCCUGGGAGGAUCUCCUAGGCCAGUUGUUAAAAAUUUAUAGCAAGCACCUCAGAAGGUUUUGGUCUUUUCCUGGAGGAGUGACCCACACUUGCAUUCCCGUAGGCUGGGAGACAAGACUUGAAACCAAAGAGUUAACUCCAAAGUCCAACAGUAUUGAAAAUUUGCCCUAUGGGGUCAUAAUGGAAAGGGAAGAUCUCUGGCAUUCAGCUUUAGGGACUGUCUGGGACCCCUCUUGCUGGUUAGAGGGGCAACAGGAAAGAUAUCUGGACCAAGUGGCAGUGACCCAAAAGGAAACCUUUAAUGAGAAGAGGGUAUGUGGAGGUAAUAAAACUGAAAAAUGUUCCAAUGAGGGUUCAAUGCUUAAUGCACCACAAAGCAUUCCUUUGCCAAAAAGACCCCGAAAUUGGAAUUCAUGUGGAAAAGAUACCAAACAAAAUUCCAAGUUAAUGAAAGCUUCAAGAAUGUUUGUAGGAAAGAAAAUAUAUGAAUGUGAUGCGUGCAGGAAAACCUUCAGCCAGAGUUCAUCCUUGCUUAAGCACCAGAGGAUUCACACUGGGGAGAAGCCUUACAAAUGCAGUGUAUGUGACAAGCACUUCAUUGAACGCUCCUCCCUCACCGUUCAUCAAAGGACUCAUACAGGAGAAAAACCCUACAAAUGUAAUGAGUGUGGGAAAGCCUUCAGUCAGAGUAUGAACCUUACAGUUCAUCAAAGAACUCAUACUGGAGAGAAACCUUAUCAGUGCAAAGAGUGUGGAAAAGCUUUUCGUAAGAAUUCCUCCCUUAUUCAACAUGAAAGGAUCCAUACUGGAGAGAAGCCCUACAAAUGUAAGGAUUGUGGGAAGGCUUUUACACAAAGCAUGAAUCUUACAGUGCACCAGAGAACUCAUACCGGAGAAAAACCCUAUGAAUGUAAUGAAUGUGGAAAAGCCUUCAGUCAAAGCAUGCAUCUUAUUGUCCAUCAGAGAAGUCAUACCGGAGAAAAACCCUAUGAAUGCAGUGAAUGUGGAAAAGCCUUCAGUAAAAGCUCAACUCUCACUCUACAUCAGAGAAAUCACACUGGAGAAAAACCCUACAAAUGUAACAAAUGUGGUAAAUCAUUUAGUCAAAGCACAUACCUUAUAGAACAUCAGAGACUUCACUCUGGAGUGAAACCUUUUGAAUGUAACCAGUGUGGAAAGGCUUUUAGUAAGAAUUCUUCUCUUACUCAGCAUCGGAGAAUUCACACUGGUGAGAAACCUUAUGAGUGUAUGGUAUGUGGAAAGCAUUUUACUGGGAGAUCAUCCCUAACUGUACAUCAGGUUAUACACACUGGAGAGAAACCUUAUGAAUGCACUGAAUGUGGAAAGGCCUUUAGCCAAAGCGCCUACCUUAUUGAACAUCAAAGAAUUCAUACUGGUGAAAAACCCUAUGAAUGUGACCAGUGUGGGAAAGCUUUCAUUAAGAAUUCAUCCCUUAUGGUGCACCAGAGGAUACACACAGGAGAGAAACCCUAUCAGUGUAAUGAAUGUGGAAAAGCCUUCAGUAGGAGUACAAACCUCACAAGACAUCAGAGGACUCAUACAUGAGAGAAGUUUGCACUGGCACCUUCAUCUUGAUCAGUUCAUUAAUAAUAGCCCUUUGUCAUGUUAAUGUAGAUACUUCAUAACCAUAACUCAUGUGGGAACCUUUUAUAGCAUACCAGGUAGUAAAACCAUAGCAGAUUAACCAUAUGAAAGUGAAUACCUUCAUUCAAAUGGUAAAAUUUUAUAUCAGAUUUGAGUAGCUAAUACAUUAAUGAUGAAGAUAAGCUCUAUUGUGUCAUACUUGGAUUUCUGAUUUGGGCAUCACAUAUUUUUCACACUGGAUGGAAAAUGUGAUAGUACUUAACUAGACAGACAAAAAAUCUGGUAUGUGGUACUAACCCCCAUGAGUUUAAACAAGUCACCCACUCUCAUAAGAUCACAGUGCCCUUAUGUGCUAAAUGAGAGAUUUUGGGUUAGAUAAAAUGUCCAAAAGAUGCAGGGAAUUUUUUAGUCUUUUGUGGUUAUAUGUGCUGUGGAGAUGCUUUUAUUUCAUAUUGUGAUUUUCUUGAAUGUUUUAGGUUAAAAUCCUCUACCUCUAACUCCUAUUGUCCUUCAAGUUCUCCCCUUUCCCUGAAUUGCUUUAUCUUCUAAAAUGUAGGCUAGUUGCUCCUGGGUGGAAGAUAAAUGUGCAUAUUUUAAUGCCAUAGCAUGCUGUUUUGAAUUCUCAACUGAUAGUCAUUAAACUGUUGUUAAAUAAGCUGAUUAUAUUUAGAUGACAAUGUGACAAAUAUAAUCUUUAAAUACUUAGGAAUCAAAUACAUAUCUUUGUGUUUACUUGACUGUCAUGGAAAUUUAAAGACAUGUGGAUUGAAUACUAAUUGUCCUGGAUAGUUUUAUGUCAACUUAACACAAGCUAAAAUCAUCUAAGAGGAAGGAACCUCAAUUAAUGCCUCCAUGAAAUCGGGCUGUAUAGGGCAUUUUCCUAAUUAGUGAUUGGUGGGGUAGGACCCAACCAUUGUGGGUGGCACCAUCUCUGGGCUGAUGGUCCUUGGUUCUAUAAGAAAGCAGGCUGAGCAAGCCAGCAAGCAGCAUUCCUCCAUGGCCUCUGCAUCACCUCCUGCUUCUAUGUUCCUGCCCUGUUUGAGUUCCUGUCCCGACUUUCUUCAGUAAUGAACAGAGAUAUGGAAGUGUACGCCAAAUAAACUCUUUCCUCUCCAA